UCUGUUUACUUCUUGAGCAAGGAAACAAAGUCUAUCAAAAGACUAUCGUCAACCUGUCAUCUACUUCAUUUCCGAACGUGUCACGUGAUAUUCCAGACGUCGAGAAUGGCCGGCGAAGGAGAGUGGCCAGCGAUAGGGAUUGAUCUGGGGACGACAUACUCGUGCGUGGCAGUGUGGCAGAAUGAUCGAGUAGAGAUCAUAGUGAACGAUCAGGGCAACAGGACGACGCCGUCUUAUGUUGCCUUCACUGACAAAGAGCGCUUGGUCGGUGAUGCAGCCAAGAACCAGGUCGCCAGGAAUCCCACGAACUCCAUCUUCGAUGCAAAGCGAUUGAUUGGUAGGAGAUUUAGUGAUUCCUUAGUUCAGAACGAUAUCAACUUUUGGCCAUUCAAGGUCAUUGAAGGUCAUGCCGACAAGCCUAUGAUCAUGGUCACUUAUAAAGAUGAAGAAAAACAUUUUGCUGCCGAGGAAAUCUCAUCUAUGGUCCUCAAAAAGAUGCGUGAGAUUGCUGAGGCCUACCUUGGGACAAUUGUGAAGAAUAUUGUAGUCACUGUCCCGGCCUACUUCAAUGACUCGCAGCGUAAAGCCACAAAGGAUGCUGGAGGCAUUGCAGGACUAAAUGUCAUGCGAAUAAUCAAUGAACCAACGGCCGCAGCCAUUGCUUACGGUCUUGACAAGGCUAACAUUGGAAGGAAAAAUGUGUUAAUCUUUGAUUUGGGAGGUGGUACUACAGAUGUCUCACUACUUACCAUUGACGAUGGUACUUUUGAAGUGAAGGCUGUUGCUGGUGACACUCACCUUGGAGGUGAGGACUUUGACAACAGAAUGGUAAAACACUUCGUUGAAAUAUUUAAGAGGCAGCACAAGGAGGACAUUAGUGGAAAUGCCAAAGCUUUGAGGAGGUUGAGAACUGCUUGUGAGAGAGCAAAGAGGAUUCUUUCUUCUGCAACUGAGACUACCAUUGAAGUUGAUUCUUUAUAUAAAGGUAUUGAUUUCUCCUCAUGUAUUACCCGUGCCAGAUUUGCGGAACUCAAUAUGGACUUGUUCAAGAAGUCUAUUGAGCUAGUGGAGAAGUCUUUGAUUGAUGCUAAGAUGGACAAGAGAGGAGUUCACGAUGUUGUUCUUACUGGUGGUUCUUCUAGAAUUCCCAAGGUGCAGCAGCUAUUGCAAGACUUCUUUGAUGGAAAGCAGCUUAACAUGAGCAUCAACCCAGAUGAAGCUGUGGCUUAUGGAGCCGCUGUUCAAGCUGCAAACUUGGUUGGUAUGGGCAAUGAGAAAGUUCAACACAUUGUGCUCUUGGAUGUCACCCCUUUGUCCCUUGGCGUGAGCGCUGAUGGAGGGUGGAUGUCUGUUGUGAUUCCAAGGAAUACCAUCAUUCCCACCAAGAUGGAGGAGAACUACACCACCCGCUUUGACAACCAAACUUCUGUUUUGUUCCCUGUUUACGAGGGUGAGAGAGUAAAAGUUGUGGAUAACAACUGGUUGGGAGAAUUUAGGCUUUCCCCCAUUCCUGCAGCACCCAAGGGUGCCGCUGACAUUAAAGUAUGCUUUGAGAUUGAUGCCAAUGGUAUCUUGAGUGUUUCUGCCGUGGAGAAGACCACUGGCGUAAGUUACAAGAUCACAAUUACAAAUUACAAGGCUUCACCAUCCACAGAAGAGAUUCAUAGGAUGGUCGAGGAUGCGGAGAAAUAUGAAGUUGAAGAUGAUGAGCACAGGAAGAAGGUUAGGGCUAAGGAAGCUUUGGAGAACUAUGCCUACAAAAUGAGGAGCAUUGUAAAUGAUAAGGAGAUUGGUGACAAGCUUGACGCUCCUGGUAAGGAGAAGAUUGAGGCUGCUAUUAAGCAUGUGAUUCAUUGGCUAGAUGGUAUCCAGCAUGCCGACGUAGAUGAGUUUGAGGACAAGCUGAUUGGACUUGAGUUAAUAUGCAAUCCCAUCAUUGCAAAGAUAUCUAGACAAGAAUAAGCAAUUGACAAUUAGAGUCUGUUAUAGCAGACCAUGUUGCCGGUGUGAGUAAGCAGCAGCCAGCAUCCCGACUUUAUUUGUCCAAACCUAUAAUUCUAGUAUUUUUGUUGCCGGUGUGUUUUGAUGUGGCUUUGUUGGGUAGCAGUUGGAAACUUUGAAAUAUGAAGUGUAAUUUAUGGUUUUGCCA